AUGUUUCCAGUCUUAUGUGAUUUUCUUCAUUUGUCAGAGUUGAGGAUUGUGCUACUGGGAAUCAAAUAUGGAGGGAAGAGGUCAUCAGGAAACACCAUCCUGGGUAGAGAGGAGUUUGGUGCUGCAGGGAGAAAAGCUCAGAGUGUGAAGAGACAGGGAGAAGUAGCAGGCAGACAUAUCACUGUGGUGGAGGCUCCAGGAUGGAAUAUUGUAACUACAGAAUACACACCCACCAUGACCAAAGAGGAGAUUGAGCUCAGUGUGUCUCUGUGUCCUCCUGGACCCCAUGCUCUACUGCUGGUCAUAGGGUUGAAUAGAUCGUUCAAAGAGGAACUGAGAAGAUCAGUGCAGCAACACCUAGAGCUUCUGGGUAAGAGAGUGUGGAGUCACACUAUAGUGCUGUUCACCCGUGGAGACCGGCUGGGAGACACACCCAUUGAGCAGCACAUUGAGAGUGAAGGAGAGAGUCUGCAGUGGCUGGUAGAGAAAUGUGGGAACAGAUAUCAUGUCUUCAACAAUAAGAGGAGAGAUGACCACAUGCAGGUCACACAGCUGAUGGAGAAGAUAGAAGAGAUGGUGGCAGCAAACAGAGGACAGUGUUAUGAGAACCGAAAAGAGCAACAACGGCCUCUACGAAAAGCACGCAGCUAUGGCGAGGUUCCACCAAGCAUGAGUGGAGCGUCCGGUGAAGACACUGAACGCUGGUCUGUCUCCAGCACCGCCUCCAGCUCCCCAAGCUCCUUGUAUGGAUCAAUCAGGUCUACAGUGUCUUUCCAAAGUUCUGGUUAUGAGUCUUUGAGUUCUGGAGGUUCUGUUCGUAGUUUUGGUUCUGAAAAGAUGGAAUUGGCCAAACGAAUGGGCCUCUCCAACAUUCUUGAGGUAUAUGAUGAAUCAGAGCACAUACACGAGGACACAAGAGAGAAGAAGCCAUCAAGAAAGGACAAGUACAUAGAUUUUGAUUGUCCAUAA